UUCCGCGGGAAUUCGUCUCUGUGACUCCGUGCGAUCCGGAGACAAGUUUGCAAGAUGAGGCUUUUCCAGACCAACCCGCUGAACCAACUCAACCUUGUAACUCUCAAAGCCGUACUCCCUUUUUUGUGCCAGAACUGGCGGAGCCUCAUCGCCGCUGCCACGCUGUGCAAGGUCUCGCUCUUCUACCUAAGACGAUUGAUGUAUCCAUCGGGCCCGCUACCAUUCCCGUUCAUCGGCAACUUACCAGCGUUGGCUGCUGUGGACGGUUCUUUCUACAGAGCUGCCGAGACGUGGAGAGCCGAGCACGGAGAUAUUUUCACUGUGUGGAUCGGAGAAAAACCAUGGAUUUUCAUAAACUCGCUAGACGCCAUUCUCCAGUGCAAUAUCCCAUCGUUGGCAGAACGAUUCGGCGGUCGACAUCGGACCAAUACCGGCGAUGUCCAGAUGCAAGGGAACGUAGGAGUGAUCUUCUCAGACUCCGGAUCGGGACAACGAGUGCUACGCAGCCUAGCUUUGCAAGCCUUGAGGAAAUUUCUGGUAUCCUGCGGGCCCCGUUUCCAGGGGAUAAUCGAUACCGUGGACAAUGUCGUGGAGCUUGAGCAAAACAAGUCCGUCGAAUCGAAACACAUCGCGGAAGAAAUCGUGCAAUGUUUGGCGACGUUGACCAUGUUUGGCUCUCAACUCGAUCCAGAGGGUGAGCAAGAGCUCCGCGAGGCGCACAGAGCUCUCGAACUGAGCUGUCCCAGUGGGCUCCCGAGCGAUGUGAUCCCCAUCUUCAAAUAUCUCCUAUGGUCGAGAGAACGCGCUGGCCUGGCCGCCUUCUGCAGAUACAACGCCAUUGCUCGAGAUCUUUGUAAUCGGACAGCCGAUGCUUAUGAGGAGAAAGCCUCGGGCGAUAUAGAUUGUGUCAUGGACGCGGUACUUUAUACGGUCAAGACAUCCACGACACGGAUUAAACAGGGCGAAAUCUAUCUGACGCGAGGAAACGUUCUGCAGAUCGUGUUUGAUCUCUUUGAAGCGGGCAGCCAAACGAGCGUGAUCACCUUAAACUGGGCACUCUUGAAAUUGGCCAGCGAUCAAGAAUUACAAGAGAGCAUUCAUCACGACCUCACCAGGACAAUCGACGAAAUCGGAUAUUUCCCGGAAAAGAAAGGAAAGACCAUCGCCCCUCGUCUGCAGUCUUUCCUCAGAGAAGUCUUGCGAUUCUGGCCAGCAGCACCUUUUGGCCUGCCCAGGAAACUUUCGCAAAAAGUCCGAAUCGGCAACUGCACCUUGCCCGCCAACUCCACGAUCCUUUUCAAUCUGUAUAGUGCUAAUCGGGAUCCUGCGCAUUGGUCAGAUGGCAACGUUUUCAACGCCGAACGGUUCAUCGACUCUCAGGGAUACUUUGACGAGACAAGUCACAAGGAAUUCCUCACUUUCGGAGUCGGUUCGCGCGCAUGCGUGGGUUUCACUAUGGCUCAGGAGAAUCUCUUUUUCAUUCUGGCGAGAAUCGUACAAAAAUGGCAGAUUCUGCCUACCGAAAGCGGAAUCUCGCUCGAGCCGUGCCCCGCCGCCCUGAUGCUGGACGCGAAAAUCCAGAACAUCAAACUCGUACCGAGAACAGACUAGGCUACGCAGCUCUAUUCGCCGUUCCAGGUGACCGAGAGGAUGUUCGCUUAAGGAACGCAGGGGUGAUUCGGACCUAUGUAUCAUAGAAGGGGAGUUUUAAAUAAAAAGUGA